AUGGCUAGGAACCCCACGUCGUGGGACGAAUAUGAGGGUCGCUUCUCCCCUUCGGGCAGCGUCAACUCGACGAUUCUGUCGGAGGAACAGGCAUUGGCCGAUGACGGUGACGAUGCGGCCAGUGGCACAUAUCGCCGCCCACGCAGACGAUCCUCGACGGCAAAUCGCCUUGCCGCCAUGGCCGACAUUGGUGGUGUCAACAGCAUUCGCUCCUUUGCCCGCAGUUGGCAGCGUGCAGCCGGCUUUGCAGAAGUCAUUCCGCGCCGUCCCAGCUUCGUCUGGGGUGACCAUGCCAUAGACGGCGACGACGGCAGUCACCAAGAUGGUUCUCAAGAUAUACGUUACGGUAAGAGUCACGUCGGUCAGGGCUCAGUACCACCAGCCUCGGGUCUUUUGAGGCAACAUUUCGAAGCCUCACCUCCAGAAGGCCGAUACAGCUCGCUUGCAGGCAGGUCUGCCGUCGCUGAGUCUAGCACUAGUGUUGGUGCCCGCAGUGGAAACCCUGGCCGAGAGGACUUCAGAGACCGCGAGAGAAAAGCACUCGACGCUGAGAUAGCCGAUAGUACACUUUUGGGUACUAGUAGCGGCUCGAGCAGGCUAAGCAUCUUUGCCAACCCCCCCCAUCUGGCUACCUCGUCAAUCAUUGGAAGCUAUGAUUCUUACCGUGGCUCGCACUACGGCACCAUGGACAGAGGUUCUAUUAGGGCUCGACGCCCAUCUGUCGUGCGCCCGGGUACUUGGGACGAUAACGACGAUGAUGCUGCCCUUGGGGAACACGAGCCCAUUCUCGUUAGGGAGGUCAAGAAAGGCGACAAGACUGUCCUCACCGUCGAGGGUCAGAGUACCCUGCCCCAGUCAGUUUUCAACUCCAUCAAUGCCAUCAUUGGCGUGGGUAUACUGAGUCUGCCGCUUGCCUUCAAAAUGUCCGGCUGGAUCAUCGGCCUCGUCCUCUUGACUCUGAUCGGUAACGUCACUGCCUAUACGGGAAAGCUACUGGCUCGCUGCAUGGACUACGACCCUAGCCUCAUCACAUACUCCGACCUUGCCUACGUUUCCUUUGGCACCCACGCACGAGUCAUCGUCUCGGCUCUGUUCUCUCUCGAGCUACUAGCCGCCAACACCGCUCUCAUCAUCCUCUUUGCAGACACUGUGGACCUCCUCCUGAGUGGAGUAGCCAGUGUUAACUUCUGGAAGUGCGUCUGUGCUCUCAUGAUGCUCCUUCUCAACCUCAUGCCUCUACGGUUCUUGAGCUACACAAGCGUCAUUGGAAUUUUCUCCACAUUCUGCAUCGUCUCCAUUGUCGUGAUCGACGGCUUUGCCAAGGAGCAUACCCCUGGUUCCUUGCGCGAGCCGGCCACUACGUACCUUCUGCCCUCCAACUGGCUCGCUCUCCCUCUAGCAUACGGCCUUCUCGCCAGCCCAUGGGGAGCUCAUUCCGUCUUCCCUUCAAUUUAUAGGGACAUGCGCCACCCAGCCAAAUGGGGCAAGGCCAUAAAGUCGACUUUUUCCUUUACUUACCUUAUAGAUACCUGUCUUGCCAUCGUUGGUAUCAUCAUGUUUGGUGACGGCAUUACUGGUGCCAUCACCUCCAACAUUCUUAGGACGCCCGGGUACCCCAAAGCCUUGUCAAUCCUCAUAUGUGUCUUUGUCGCCAUCAUCCCACUCACCAAGCUUCCUCUAAAUUGCCGUCCUCUCGUCACUACGGCUGAUGUCAUUUUGGGCGUUCAUGAGCAUCAGAGCCACGCUGCUGCUUCUCAUGACAGCACCGACCGACAGUCUGCCUUCAUCAAAGCCAUUAUUCGGGGUGCCGUCCGCGUCACUGUCGUCCUCAUCCACCUCCUCAUCUCCGUUGCGAUCCCGGCCUUUGACUCGGUCUGCGCCUUCCUUGGCGCCGCCCUCUGCACUCUUAUCUCCAUCAUCCUCCCUGUUUCCUUUUACCUCAAACUAUAUUGGGACGACAUUUCCUACCGUGAGCGCUUUUUACUUUGGUCCAUUAUGGUGGUCUUCUCUAUUCUGGGCGUUAUCGGGACUGUCUGGACUUUCCUCCCCAAGAGCCUUGUUGGUGCUUAG